GGAUCCAAUACGCUUCGAUCCCCUUCCUUUCGAUUUCCUCGAUCCGCUCUGUCUCGUCUCUCACUCCUUCGAAGCUCGGCAAUGGCGGCGGCUGCUCUUGCUCGGCUCUGCCGCAAGACCGUAGGCUCCUCCACCGCGUCCCGCCUCCUAUCGACCUCCGCUUCGCCUGCGGCGGCGAUGGAUCGGGUGAGAUGGGACUACCGGGGUCAGCGGCGGGUGAUUCCCUUAGGUCAGUGGGUUCCCAAGAUCGCCGUCGACGCUUACGUCGCCCCGAACGUUGUGCUCGCUGGGCAAGUCACUGUCUGCGAUGGGGCUUCGGUCUGGAAUGGAUCCGUCCUCCGUGGCGACCUCAACAAGAUCACCGUCGGGUUCUCGUCCAACGUGCAGGAGAGAUGCGUUCUCCACGCCGCUUGGAACUCACCUACAGGACUUCCUGCGGAGACUUAUAUUGAGCGCUAUGUGACUAUUGGUGCAAACAGUCUUCUACGCUCCUGCACCAUUGAGCCUGAAUGCAUCAUUGGGCAACACUCCAUCCUCCUGGAAGGAUCUCUAGUUGAGACAAACUCAAUCCUUGAAGCAGGCUCUGUGCUACCUCCAGGUCGUCGGAUUCCAACAGGUGAACUAUGGGCUGGCAAUCCAGCAAGGUUUGUGCGAAAGCUUACUCACGAGGAGAUCUUGGAGAUCCCAAAACUCGCCAUGGCAGUCAAUGAUCUGAUGCAAAGCCACUUCUUUGAGUUCCUCCCAUAUUCCACGGCCUAUUUGGAGGUGGAGAAAAUGAAGAAGGCCCUAUCUAUUUCUCUUUAGAAAACAUAUUAAUUUCUGGAUCAUUGCCCCUUGGAAAUAAGAUUGAAACUUGAUGUUUUGCUUGGAUUGUAUUUUGUGCAUGCUCAGAGUAUUUAUGUUCACAGAGAAAUGGUUUCAAA